GGUGGACGGUGGCCCGGAGGAGGGACUCGCUGUUUUUUAUUUUCACUCUGGGAGCCGUGGUCGCGAAGGCGAAUCGGAAAAGGGAGCGGGGCUAGUGGCGAUGUCCGUGAGCGGGGGCUGCACGGCCAGGAGUGCGCAGCCCCAGCGGGCCCGGCGCGGCCUCAGCCUGCCACCUCCUCGGGUAGCGCGGGACAGGGGCCGGGACUGAGCCGCCCCGGGCCCAGCAGGGAGAGCAGCCGCGGAGCCCAGAGGAGACGGGAGCUGCCGCGGGGUCGGGGCCGCCCGAGGAUGGGAAUCCUCUUCACCAGGAUCUGGAGGCUGUUCAACCACCAGGGUCUUGCAAUAUCCAGCUCCACUGCAGGUCUUCUGCUCCAAGUGAUUUCCUAGCAUCCAGUAUGCUGGCGACAUCACACCUGAAACAAAAGCACCUACUUACAGGGGGUCAGAGCACAAAGUAAUCAUUGUUGGUCUGGAUAAUGCAGGAAAAACAACCAUCCUUUACCAGUUUUCUAUGAAUGAAGUGGUGCAUACUUCUCCUACAAUAGGCAGCAAUGUAGAAGAGAUAGUGGUUAAUAACACACGUUUUCUAAUGUGGGAUAUUGGAGGGCAAGAAUCUCUUCGAUCUUCAUGGAAUACUUAUUAUACAAACACAGAGUUUGUCAUCGUUGUUGUGGACAGCACAGACAGAGAGAGAAUUUCUGUAACUAAAGAAGAACUUUAUAAAAUGUUAGCACAUGAGGAUUUAAAGAAAGCAGGUUUGCUUAUUUUUGCUAACAAACAAGAUGUUAAAGAGUGCAUGACGAUAGCUGAAAUAUCCCAGUUUCUGAAACUAACUUCAGUUAAAGAUCACCAGUGGCAUAUCCAAGCAUGCUGUGCUCUAACUGGCGAGGGAUUGUGCCAAGGACUUGAAUGGAUGAUGUCAAGACUUAAAAUCAGAUGAUUUUUAAUGAGCUCUUUGCACCGACAUUCCAUACAAAAGUGCUGUACCUAUGGAUACCUUGGUUACCUGUACCUAUGGUAACCUGCAAAAUUAAUGGGUUAGAUGUAUUUAUAAUAAACUGAUUUCAACUUUAUUUUCUACACACAUAUAUUAAGACCACCUCUUUGAAAACAGAUGAAGAUGAAGACUCUAGUUUAUUUUCCCAUUAGUUUACUCUGAAGAUAGGUUUAAAAACUGUGGUUGACAUUCUUCUCAAGAUAAAGCCACUCAGGACUAUGUGUGGUGAGUAUGAAGUGAGAGGAAGGAAUUUUUAACUUUACAUUUUAUAUUCCAAUAUAACCCUCCUAGUUGAAGGUGUUGGCCUCGUUAUUCCAGUAAAUUAGCAAGCAAAUCAGUGGCAUAGGUAUUGACUUUCCAGUAUUUUAAAAACUUGUUCAAAUGUGCUACAGAUACAAAAAUAUUUUCCUUUGUGUACUGUACAUAGUUGUGUAUAUUUAUACCUCAAGUGUAGGUUAACUGAAAUCUGUUCCAAGAAAAAGUGAAUAACACUGAAUCUCAGUGUACUGAGAAUAUUACUAAUGUUGAGAUUGUUGACAUGUCACAACUGCUUUUCCUUUGUUCUCUGUACUACUCUAACCUUCACCAAAUAAUUGGUGCACCAUUUCUUUAUAAAGUGAAAUCUCUUAAGACUAUUGGUUUUACGGUUGUCAUAUAUAUACUCUGCAAUUAAGAAUGAUCACAAAAAGGGAUAGUGUGUCUGAAUGUGGAUUUUAUACUUUGUUCAGUAUUGGCAACUAACUGCAAUUCUUUGCUAAAAGGUAAAGAAUCCAAAAAGUUAGCAUUCUCAUUUUGUUGGAUAAGACCAUUCCAAAAAAUGCCUGUGUUGUGCUCUGCUUUAUGCCAUCAUGUUGAGUAUUUAUGAUAGAUUCCUAUCUAGGGGGUAAAUCUUCACCGUUAAUAAAGGGGAAAUGUGUCUUAGUUUUCCUUAUGCAAGGAAGUGAUCAAAAAAGUGUGCUAUAAUGUUCUCACCAGAAAUCUUACAGAACAGUCUAUUUUGUAUUAAUAUGUUUUCAGACAAAGAGGAUACUGACUGGUGAUAAUCCAGAAUUGCUGAAGUAACUAUUUGUAUCUGUGUAUAAGAGACUGACGUGGGGGAGAGGAAAGUAUCAGGUUGCAAACAGGUGCUUGGGGCGGCCAACGGAGAGGGGUGGCACAUCCGGCUCUUCAGCGGCGGGUCCCUCAGUCCUUCUUGGAGAGAAGGACCUGCUGCCAAAGUGUUGCCGAUCGCGGCUUUUUUUUUUUUUUUUUUUUUUUUUUUCUCUGCUUGGGGUGGCAAAAACGCUGGAGUCGACCCUGGAAAGGAUACACUAUUCCACUGUAACUGAUGCUUGAUUCUGCUCCUAUUGAAGUCCAUGUGAAAACUCAGAAUUAAAUGAUGCUUCAGUAUCAUAAUGCUGAGGCCCCAACUGAAUGGUCAUGAUUCAUAGGGAAUAUGCAAAGAAUUAUGGGAAUCAUGACUAUCCUGUCCUUCCUAUACUGGUAAAUGGGAGGAGUGAGGGGGUCCUAAUAUAGAAAUAGUUGAGAACCACUGGUGUAAAGGAUUUUGGUUCUUCAUGAGAAUGACACUUGGGUGGUGUGAAAUGUUAUUGGUAUCAUGAAAUGUGUGCAUAAUCACAGAUUUUCUGUCUUAUUCUGUACAUGUGUAUAUUUAAGUAAUAUUGUAAAACUAGACAAAAAGUUUAAGGACAAGACCAUUUUAAACCUGGUUUAAUUUUUAAGGCAGUUAUGAACUCCUCUUUAGAAGAUAAGAUUGUGAAACACAUCCAGUUUCCAUUUAAUUUAGUUUAGUUUAUUUGUGUACUGCAUUGUAUUGGUUAAAAUGUUGACAUAGUAUUCAUGGGGACAAAAUAAUGAAGACCACUUCAGAAGUGUGUAUUUAACAGCUGAGUUGUCCCAAGUAUGAAGUAUAACUUUCUGAUGUAGUCAUGAAAUCUCUCUUGCUAAUUGACUGAUGGAGGUUCGGCUAUGUCCAUUUUUUAAAUUUAUACAUGCAUUUAUUUACAUAAAAGGCAUGCAGAGAGAUCAGUGUUAUUAACUAACUGGUGUAUUGCAUAAUGUGUAAAUGUUUUAAGGAAAAAAUAACAAUGCAAAGACUUUCUUAGUUUUAUCUGCAGGUAUUUUCAAGAAACAAAAUUUGCAUCCUUUGAACAUAAAUGAAUAAUUUUAGCUUUCCUACUCUAACAAAAAAUAAAAUGCUGGGCUUAACUACAUUCAUAAUAUUCAUCUUCAAGUACCGUGACUACUUUUUCUAGAUUUUCUUUCAUGCUUGAAGUGCUAUAUUCUUUUGUCUGAAUCGCUGUUGCUUUUAAAUCGUAAAGUUUUUUUAUAAGAUAAAAAUCACUCUCAUUAACAGAAUAUGAAAUGCAAAACUGUAUUCAUGUACAAUUUUUUAAAAAUAUUUUCUUGGAAUUUGCUGUUCUUACCCUGUUCAAGUUUUUAUGGCUUAAAAUGUUUGCCUAAUAAAUAGCAUGGCUAAAGGGAAUCUAUAAAUAUUUUUCUAAAAGCAUGACUUUUAUGUCACAAACAUGGUUUGGAGACCUUCUAAUGCAUGUGAACUAUCUUCCCUCUUCUAGGUGACGGGGAAACCAUCCACUUCCAUUUCUAUCUCAAUGCGAUAGCCAAAUAUCCAUGUGAUUUUAUUAUUUGUGUUGAAGUAGUGGCAAGAGUUCCCCAUCAGGGGUCGAUAUCUUAUUGCAUGCACAGGGAACAGAUAUACAAUCUGGUGGGCUUUGAACAGUAGUGGAGCCUUAACUAAGGGUAAACUAGGUAAUCCACCUACUUCUUCCUGCUACCUUCAAUGUUGCAUAUGCGUGGUUUAGGUUUAAACUUACUUUUAAAACUAAUGGUGAUUCCAUUUAAACAGAAAAGAAAAAGCGAGGUUGCCUUUCUCCUCUAGUCAGGACCUGUUACUUAAUAUGCAUGUGACUUUACCAGCAUUGUAUGUUUGGAGAAUUGUUGCUUUAUAAACUGGUAAUCAAGAGGGGAUAUGUAUGAAACUGAUAUGAAUCUUGUGUUUAUUCUUAAGUAAAAUUAAUCAGCUGAUUAUAACUA